AUUUGCGUAGUUUCGCAAUUUUUCACUAUCAAUUUUUUCCCUUCACUAGCGGGAAAUAUAAACCAGUUUUGCAGAUCUUUUUUGCAGAAAAAAGUUCACAAUAAUAACAUGGAAAUGGAGGAGCCGUCGGUAUCGCCACCAUCGCCGGCGGGAGAAGAAGACGACGAGCACGACUCGAAGGAGAGGGUUCUGCAGCGGUACUUCCUUCAAGAAUGGAAGCUCGUCAAGUCCCUCCUCGACGACAUCGUUUCAGCUCGCCGGGUCUCCGAUCUCUCUGCCGUCCACAAAAUCCGAUCCAUAUCUUGCUACAAGAAUGGCUUUGGGAGAAAUAAUAGUUCAUAUUUGAUGGUUGCUUGUGAAUGGUUCAAAAAGAUGGAUAAGUAUCAGGAGCAAGGCCAAUUAAUAGAGCCUUAUCUCGAGAGCAUUGUCUCACCUCUGAUGGACCUUGUCCGCUCGAGAACCACGGAGUUAGGUGCUUCCUCUGAUGAAAUUAUGGAAGUGAUCAAGCCUAUAUGCAUCAUAAUCUAUUCCCUGGUUACUGUUUGUGGAUAUAAGUCCGUGAUCAAGUUUUUCCCCCAUCAGGUUUCUGAUUUAGAACUUGCAGUAUCUCUUUUGGAAAAAUGCCAGAACACAAAUGCUGCAACAUCAUUGAGGCAGGAAAGUACUGGAGAGAUGGAAACAAAAUGCAUCAUACUUCUUUGGUUGUCCAUUCUUGUGUUGAUUCCCUUUGAUAUUUCAUCCGUGGACACUAGCAUAGCCAUUGGCAAACACAGUGGGAAAGAUGAGCCUCCUCCGUUGGUCAUGCGGAUUAUAGAAUCAUGUAAGGGGUAUUUGUCGAGUGCAGGUCCUAUGCGGACCAUAGCUGGAUUACUGCUUUCAAAGCUCUUAACACGGCCAGAUAUGCUGAAUGCAUUUACCAGCUUCAUUCACUGGACACAUGAAAUUAUAUCAUCUGUGGAAGACAGUGUCGUAGAUCACUUCCGAUUAUUAGGUGUUAUUGAGGCUCUUGCUUCCAUUUUUAAGAUGGGGAAGCGCAUUCCCAAUUCCCUCCUAGUUUACUUCUUUUUAGCCAAUUUUGGUUGUCCUUGGUUUGAUUUCAUGCGUAAAUUAUCUCUUCUUCUCAAGUGGAAACUUCUGGACGAGAAAUUGGAGUUUCUAUAUGAUUCUGCGUUACUGACCCAUCCAUAUAUUCAAAUGUUACAGUUUGUGUAUCAAAGGAAUGGAUUUAGGAUCAAAUAUCUGGGUAGAAACAACACUCUUGGAGAAAAUAUGUCAUCGAAUGUGACAAGAGAUUGCACCCAAACAAAUCACCUGUUAAACGUGAACUCCUGUAAUGUCUCUCAAGAAGAAAGCUGCCUUCAAGAGGAAGAUAUGGAUAUUCCAGAUAUUCUAGAAGAUAUUAUUGAGCUGUUGCUUUCAGGAUUGCGAGAUGCAGACACUGUUGUGCGCUGGUCAGCUGCAAAAGGUCUUGGUCGCAUUACUUCACGUUUAACUUACUCUCUUUCAGAUGAAGUUCUGUCAUCUGUAUUAGAACUUUUUUCUCCUGGUGAGGGAGAUGGCUCAUGGCAUGGUGGAUGCUUGGCAUUGGCGGAACUGGCUCGCAGAGGAUUGCUCUUACCAAUCAGUUUUUCUAAAGUUGUUCCUGUCAUCAUAAAGGCUUUACAUUAUGAUAUUCGAAGAGGGCCUCAUAGUGUGGGAUCUCAUGUACGUGAUGCUGCGGCAUAUGUUUGCUGGGCUUUUGGCCGUGCAUAUUACCAUAUGGACAUGAAAGAUGUGCUCUCACAACUCGCACCACAUCUUCUAACUGUGGCAUGCUAUGACCGUGAGGUUAAUUGCAGAAGAGCAGCUGCUGCUGCUUUCCAGGAAAAUGUAGGGAGACAAGGAAAUUUUCCUCACGGCAUUGAUAUAGUAAAUACGGCUGAUUAUUUUGCACUGUCCUCCCGUGUGAACUCGUAUCUUCACGUUGCUGUUCAUAUUGCUCAAUAUGAUGGCUACCUUCAUCAAUUUGUGGAUGUGCUACUUCAAAGUAAGAUCGGUCAUUGGGACAAGAGUCUGAGAGAACUUGCUGCCACCGCACUUUCUGCUCUUGUGAAAUUUGAUCCUGAAUAUUUUGCGAAUGUUAUUUUGGAGAAAUUAGCUCCUUGCACUCUAUCAUCUGAUUUAUGCAUGCGACAUGGUGCAGUCUUGGCCACUGGGGAGAUGGUUUUGGCUUUACAUAUGUAUAACUACAUUCUUCCCACAGAUAAGCAGAAAGUUGUAGCCGGUAUAGUCCCCGCAAUUGAGAAAGCACGGCUUUAUCGCGGCAAAGGAGGAGAAAUAAUGCGGUCUGCUGUUUCUCGCUUUAUCGAGUGCAUUUCUCAAGCUCAAGUGUCUCUGACUGACAAGACCAGAAGAAGUUUACUCGAUACUCUAAAUGAGAAUUUGAAACAUCCUAAUUCUCAAAUACAGAAUGCUGCUGUUGAAGCCCUUAAGCACUAUAUUCCUACUUAUCUUGUGUCCAUGGAAAAGAAGGGAGUCAAUGAUAUAUUAUCAAGAUACCUUGAACAGUUGACCGAUCCCAAUGUGGCUGCAAGACGAGGAUCAGCUCUUGCUAUAGGAGUUCUGCCUUUUGAAUUUCUGGCUAAAGAUUGGAAAUCAGCACUAACAAAGCUUUGUUUUUCAUGCGGAAUUGAGGAUAAUCCUGACGACAGGGAUGCCGAAGCACGUGUGAAUGCUGUUAAAGGGCUCGUCUCUGUCUGUGAGACUUUAACUGAGGCAGAUCAAUUUUCUGCUUUAAUUUCGCAAAAAGACCGCAAUUCCCUGUUUAAAUUUAUCAGGAAUGAAGUGAUGUGCAGUCUUUUUAAAGCUUUAGAUGAUUACUCAACCGACAACAGAGGUGACGUGGGUUCUUGGAUUCGUGAGGCUGCAAUGGAUGGCCUCGAGAGAUGUACGUAUAUCCUCUGCAAGGAAGAUUCUAUUAAUCAAGAUAACUCGUCAGGUCCGGAACAUGAGAAAAAUGAUGGCCUCCAUAGUGACCAAAUUGGCUCAUAUUUUGAUGCCAGCUUGGCAAACGAGUUAGUUGGAGGCCUCGUCAAGCAAGCUGUAGAGAAGAUGGAUAAAAUAAGGGAAUCGGCAGGAACAAUUCUCCAAAGAAUCCUGCAUAAUAAAAUGCAUUUCGUGCCGAAUAUACCACACAGGGAAGUUCUCGAACGAGUAGUUCUGAAUGAGGCUGAUCUUAAGUGGGGGGUUCCAACAGUCUCGUAUCCUCGUUUUAUUCAACUUCUUGAAGUUGGUUGCUAUAGUAAAUAUGUGGUUUCUGGGCUGGUUAUCUCUAUUGGCGGGAUUCAAGAGUCUUUGGCAAAGGCAUCACUUAGUGCUUUGUUAGAUUAUCUUCAGGGUACAGUAACCAAAGGCCAUGAUGACUCUCGAGUGUUGUCAUUCUCUGAUGACAUUCUGUGGGUUCUUGAAAAAUAUAGAAGAUGUGACAGAGUCAUCAUACCUACGUUGAAGACAAUCGAGACACUUUUCAGGGAGAUGUUAUUGCUGAACAUGGAGGCACAAACUCCGGUUUUCUGUGCUGGUGUUUUAGAUUCUCUUGGAGCAGAGCUUAGAGGAACAAAGGAUUUCUCUAAAUUAAGGACAGGAAUUGCAAUACUCGGAUAUGUUGCUUCAAUAUCGGACCCCAUCAGCAAAAGGGCAUUCUCUCAUCUGCUGCUGUUCCUCAGCCACCGAUUUGCCAAGAUCCGAAAAUUUGCAGCCGAUGAAGUUCUUGUUGUCCUACAGGCAAACGGUAACCUAAUGGCUGAGGACAAACUAGAUGAAGCCACAGAGAUCAUUACACAAACUCUCUGGGACAUCAAUAUAGAAGAAGCUAAGACGAGUAGGCUACAGCUCCAAGAGCUGGCUGGUCUUGAAAGUCAACAAACGGUAAACAGCAGUUGGACUAAAUCGGAAAAUGGUGUUGAGAGGAAACGGGCGUCGGCUGACGAGAAUGCUUCGUACUCCUCGUUAGUUGGGUCAGCUGGUUUUUAGGAGUGCUUGUGUUUGUUCUGUGUUGUUUUCCAGCUUCCCGCUUGCUUGCUUGUUUGGUAAGAGAUUUUGGUUUGAAUCUCCAAUGAAACUGUAGAAAUACGAUGCAUUCAUUUGGCAUAAAUGUGGUGAGGAUUGAUGUUACAAACUCUUAUUUCAGAUUUUUUUUUUUUUAUUAAUAAUUUUUAUUUACUUUUUCUACCCCACUUUAUUGUAUGAGACCAUCUAUUAUCAGUCUUUAGCGCUGUUAAACAAAUCGAUUUGAUCCGCUUGUAUGUGCAGCUCAGCUUAAGGUUCGAGCUCGGUUCGUGUUGAGAAAUAUGAGUUUGUACUUGAUUUCCUAAA